AUGCCUCUUGUACUCACAUUUGUUGACUACAAGAAGGCGUUCGAUUCGGUAGAGCCAAUGAAGGUUUGGGAAUCGCUAGAAGAGCAAGGAAUUGAGAAGAUCUACAUAGACGUGCUGCAGGAAUCGUCCGAGAUGUUGGAUCGUUUGGACCAAGAAGGGAGUCAGUACGGUUUGACGAUGAACACAUCAAAAACGAAAGUCAUGCGGAACCGAUUCGCCGGAGGUGCGACCGUAACCUUAAAGGGAGCCCAAUCGAAGACGUCGAAAAUUACGUGUACCUCGGGAGCGUUCGGAACAGCGCAGGAAUGA